UUGUAGUCAUAGUUACAGUCAUAGUUAGAGUUGUGCUAUAGUAAAGUAUAGUAUAGUAUAGUAUAGUAUAGUAUAGCUGUUGUUGUUGUUUUACCUUAAAUGAAAUGUCUUGAAUUCUCUGACUGAUUAGAUGGAAUUAAGCACUGCACUCUCACAAUCCAUAUCUAAUUUGAUUAAAUAUAUUCUCCUCAUUUCUGAACUUAUAGAAGUAUUUUCAGAAAGACGAAGAGCUCACUGUGCGGAUUCAGACAUUUGAAUAAGUGAGAUACACUCAGUGAAAAGGAAUGAACAGCUGCAACAGAUACCUCAACCGGAGAAGAGCUUUGCUUUUCCUCUUAUUGUCAGUUUUGGCAUUUUGUAGUCUGAUCAUAUAUGUAAUAAUUACCAACGAUAUUAACAUCAUCAAAUCCAGACAAGCCAGAGGGCAAACAGAUACUCAGUGGCGUUUUACUGGACAACAUGGAAUCAACUGUUUGGAUAUUUAUGACAUGGACCCUGUUGCUUUGGGCAAGUCUUUGGAACUCAGAAGGAAAGUCCCUCCCCCUCCAAGCGACAAGAGCGUGGUGAAUGCAACUUUGGACUGUGGACAAUUCUUGGCAUCAGGGAGGUACAGUGAAGUGCAGAUAUCUGAGCAGGAGCUCGAUUUUCCACUUGCUUUCUCUCUGGUGGUGCACAAGGAUGCACACAUGGUGGAACGGCUCCUGCGUGCGGUUUAUGCACCACACAACAUCUACUGCAUCCACUAUGACCUGAAAUCAUCAUUGGCUUUCACAGAAGCUAUACACGGUCUGGCACGCUGCCUUCCCAAUGUCUUUGUGGCUUCACAAUUAGAGACGGUGCAGUACGGGGGCAUCUCACGCCUCCGUGCUGACCUCAACUGCCUCUCUGAUCUCCUAAAGUCCAAGAUCCGCUGGAGAUAUGCCAUCAACCUAUGUGGCCAGGAUUUCCCACUCCGUUCUAAUGCUGAGCUUGUAUCUGAGCUCAAGGCCCUAAAUGGUAUGAACAUGCUUGAGACAGUCCGUCCUAGCGCAUACAAAAAAGAGCGCUUCACUGUGAGCUAUAAACUCAAAGAUGCGCAAUUAGUCAAAACAAAUCAGAAUAAACAGCCUCCACCUCAUGAUAUUGAGAUAUUUGUGGGCAGUGCUUACUUCAUUCUCUCCCGAGAGUUUGUAAACUUUGUGCACUGGAGUCCUCAGGUAAAAGACUUUCUAGCUUGGUCUGAGGACACAUAUUCACCUGAUGAACAUUUCUGGGCCAGCUUGAUUCGCAUCCCUGGAGUCCCUGGUGAGAUCAAAAGGUCUGACCCAGAUAUUAUAGACUUGAUGAGCAAAACACGCCUGGUGAAGUGGCAAUACCUGGAGGGGAAGCUUUAUCCAGCAUGCACAGGUAUACAUGUACACAGUGUGUGUAUUUAUGGUGCUGCCGAGCUCCAGUGGCUCCUUAACGAUGGACACUGGUUUGCCAAUAAGUUUGAUCUGAAGGUAGAUCCUGUGGUCAUUGAAUGUCUUGAAAGGAACUUGACUGAGAGACAGAGAGCAAUGGUUACAACCCAGUAACUGUUUGGAUAUUUUCUUACUGACUACUUUUCUGUUAGUAAACGAAGUAGGUGUUCCUGUACUGACUGUUACUGCUAGACAAACAUUUUUAACAACCUAUGAAUGUGCUAAUAUUUCCGAGUGGGGGAAAGUAUUUUUACAGUGAAGAUACUCAUGUUUUUAUGAAGGUGUUUUAUGAAGUUUUGAUCUGAGUCAUCAGCCUGUGGCUAGCACUGCAGUUGUUUAGACUGUGUUCAGACAAUUUAUGUACAUUCAGUUUAUUAAACAUAUUAUACAUAUAAUAUACAAUCAGUUUAUUCAAGUAUUAAGCCUCUAGGAACAUGGUGAUGCAUUUAAGACAAUAUAAGUCUCAGUACACAAUAGUGCAAAUGAAAUAUCAAAUCUACUGUUUGCUGCAUUAAAGUUUGAUCCAAACUCAGCAAUAGCCAUGUGUGUAAUUUGGUCCAUGACUUAGAAGCAAAUGAAGGGGUAGGUGGGGGAUUAGUGGUUAGGCCACAGUGCUCCAACCACUGGGUUACGUGCAACUGUGCGCUCUCACUGCCGGUCCCAAGCCUGGAUAAAAUCGGGGGGUGUAGAGUCAGGAAGGGCAAUCACCGUAAAACUGUGCCAAAUCAAAUACACGGAGCAGUGAUCCACUGUGGUGACCCCUAGCAAGAGCAGCCAAAAGAGGAACAACAGCAACAAGUUAGAAGCAAAUGAAAUCUGAGAAUAAAAAUUUUAGUGUCCAUUCAGUGCUGGAAAACACUGACAGGACAGGGUGGUGACGUGCUGGUCCUGCACUGUACAUUCUCAUCAUCUGAGUUCAGUUAGCUUCACCAGUGUUCACUUAAAACAAAUUACCCAUUACUCUGUAGAGUGGGCUCAUACAGUAUGAGUCGUAUGGGUGUAGUCCUCACUGAAUGGGAAGAAAUGGUAUUUUCCCACUGUUUCCAGCACAAACUAUGUACAAAUUGCCUGCUGUGGUAUCCAUCAUGACAAGUAAAUUUCAAGCUAAAAGAAAUUCCUGUGCAUUGUGGUACUUAGCAUUGAAGUAGUCUGCACUACUGGAUGUACACUGGAUUUAUAUUAUGGGCAUUAAUAUAGUGAACUACCACAGCAAUACUGAGAAUAUGGACAACACUAUAAAAUGGCUGCACCCCAGAGCACUGUAUGGUGAACAGGGACACAAUUUAGACACAGCAACAACUUCUAACAGUGUAUAAUACACGGAAGGAGUUAUCUCAGGUCUCAGCAGAGAGCUGAGACCACAUAAUUAACCUUAGCUUUUAUUAUUUAUGACUAAAUUAUUAUUAGGGUUAUUACAAUUUAAAUCUAUCUGAAUAUCCCAUAUAAACAGCUUGAUUCAUUUUCAGCUUUCAGUCAUUAAACGUACACUGGUUUGGAGUUACAUUAGUGAUAAAUAAAGGAAUGUUGACUUUUGGAAGAGACUUUAUACUGUAUAUGACUAUAUGAAUUUCAUGAUUAUGUAUUAGCUGUUUCAUAUAGCAGUGGGGAUCUUUCAGAGCUCCUUUUUCAAUACUGUGUUCUUGGUUGUGGCCUUUUUUUCUUUCUUUCUUUCCUUUUUUCCCAGCAUUUCUGUUCAUAAACUGUUGGGUGGUGACGUUUUUGGCACUGGCUUCUUGGCUUCAUAUUACAUUUUCCAGGGCUCCCUUCAUACGUUAUAGGCCUGCAGAAACACAUGGUCAUAGUUGGACUUUAUUCAGUACCACUUCUUUUUGUCACGUCAGGGUUUUGUUAAUUUUUUUUUAAAUCAUAUGGUUGGAGUAACUGCAAUUUGUUAACCCUUAUGCGGCCCUCACUUUUUGCUCCCACUGGGUCAGAUUGACUCAGGACAUAACUGGGGGUUUAAAACACCACAUACAUCCAAAUAUUACAUAAUUACAGUGUAUAUAUGCUCUAAUAACUCCCUUACAAACAAUAAUGAUGACAAGUCUUUAAUAUUUGAACUUUAUCUCUGCUAGAUCACUUUUAAAUGUGUCAUCAGUUUUUGUGAUAUAAGCAAUGAAUCAACAUAAUCAACAUAUUUGUAGCAUAAAUCAUGUUUUUCUUGUAAACCUGAAGUGAAACAAGUAGUUGUGAAACUAGUAGAAAUAGUUUCAUGACUAUUGAGCACUACUGUGUUUAACUGUUACUCAAAAAAAUUUGUAUUAUAUUUCGAAAUAGUAUUGACUAUGACAAAAGAAAUGCCAGCUAUGCAUGCACAAAAAUGAACCACAUCCUUCUAAAAUAACAUUGGAUAAAAUAGAACAGUGUGUGCGUUCAUGACUACAGUAGAAGAACAAGAAUAAUGAACUUGAGUUCUGGAAAAACAAACACGAUCCAAAUGUGCAUGUUUGUCUACAUUGAUGAACUACAUUGAUAACUUGAUGAACAAUGAUAUAGAGUGGACGUUACAAAUGUACUUGCUGCAGUUGGUACAGGAACAAGGUUUAGUACUCUUUAUUGGUAUGCAUUCCUUGCAACUCCUCCUUUUCUUUGCCACCAGGUGCAAUUCUACAGUGUCUUAAAAUAUUCACAGAUGUAAACGCACACACACACACACACACACACACACACACACACACACACACACACACACGCACACACUUACUGUAGGCACUGGCAAUGGUGGCUGUCUGUCUGGGUAGCAGGAGCCUCCUUCUGCAUCCUACUCGCCAUGACUGCAGAUGCUCAGGACCGUUGGAAUUCUCUGGAUAUGAGGGGUCACAAUUCCCUCACCUUUUGUCUUUGACAUGAACUCAUAUUUUAAUUUCAUAUUUUCCAUGGCCUGUCUGUUUUCAUGCACUAUUACUAUUAUUACUCUCAGGUUAAAUUGACCUGAGGGCCUUAUCCUUAAGGGAUGUAAAUGUACAAUGAUAAACAGGUCAAUUUAGCUUGUUCCAAUUAAACAAUUUGUAUAAUAA